AUGCCGGUCGAUCUGUCCGAAGUGCCGACUGAUGAGCUGAUGAAGGAAAUUCAGCAUCGGCUGGAUUGCACAACGAAGCCGGAGAAACGCAUCAUCCUGAUCGGUCCGCCUGGGUGCGGUAAGGGUACUCAGUCGCCUCGCAUCAAGUAUGAGCAUUGCUUGUGUCACUUGGCAACCGGUGAUAUGCUUCGCGCGGCUGUGGCUGCCAAGACACCGCUGGGGCUUGAGGCUAAAAAGGCCAUGGACGCUGGAGCGCUCGUGAGCGACGACAUUGUCGUGGGUCUCAUCGAGGAAGCAACCCAGCGAGCCGAGUGCUCGAAGGGCUUCAUCCUUGACGGCUUCCCGCGUACAGUCGUCCAGGCCCGUAAGCUUGAUGAGAUGCUGGCCAAGCGGGGUCAGGCCAUUGACAAGGUGCUCAACUUCGUGGUUCCAGACUCCCUUCUGGUGGAGCGUGUCGUGGGGCGGUGGGUGCACCCAGCCAGCGGGCGCUCGUACCAUGAGAAGUUUGCCCCGCCCAAGGUUGCCGGCGUGGACGACACGACUGGCGAGCCGCUGAUUAAGCGCAAGGACGACAACGCCGACACGCUCAAGGCGCGUCUGGGCGCAUUCCACAGCCAGACUGCCCCCGUCAUUGAGCACUACGCCAGGAAGGUGGUGGCACUCAAGGCGGACAGGGCACAGGAUGAGGUGGCCUCAGCCAUUGCGAGUGCGCUGUCGUGA